UAUUACGUAGAAUAGAGUUCCGACACUGCCGGUUCCUCUUGAUAAGACCCACCAGACUUAAUAGAGUCCCAGUUGAAGAUUGUAGGUAUCAAAGAUUUCUAGCAACAGAAUGCAUUGCCUCACCGGACUCGCUUUUUGUAUUACUCUUGGCAUUGUCAUGGGUGCCCUUAGGAACGAAUGUUCGUCUGACCCCGACUGUCCCUCCACUCAUUGCUGUGUGACGGACUAUCACGGCAAGUAUUGCUCCGCCUACCAGAACGUAUCACAACCCUGCCACCUGCCGGGCCAUUCUCUUCAUACUUACCACUGUAACUGUGCUCCAGGCUACUCCUGUCAACCAAUGCAUCUAACAGCCGACGCAUCCCUUGCACAAGCACUACAUCAAGUGGAAGAGAUUUUGACACACACCGGUUAUGGAACUUGUCAGAUAGUUGUAUAAAAAUUGUUUUUGCCAAA